CUGAAGUUAUAAUGUCACGAUAACGUGCCAAGUGCACACAUCUAAUUCUAAAAGCACAUUUAAAAAAAAAAACGAAAAUUAUAAUAAAAUGCGACUCAAAUAAUAACAAUGCCAAGUAAAGAGUACAUGAAAAGUUGUGAGAUAUCUAGGACUAAGCCUCCACCUGUCUGGUCUUUUUGUCUCGAUUGGGUGACCAAGUUAUUCGAAGGAUGGUUCCCGAAGAAGAAGUGUGGUCAGAACACACCCGUCACGGUCGCGAGCUCCACCAAAAUCUUCAACUUAAAACCGCUUUUUGGUACAUGUAAAAAGAGUGAAACUAUAAAAAACAGUGAGAUAGAACUUGCCAGCCUGAUAGCUUUGGCUGGAGCGUUUCUGUUGGCUUUGGUGGUGGUUUCGAUCCUCAGGCAGAGGGUCUGCCAACGACGACAACUGGACCAGGUUUCCUGAAGCGAAGACUAUCUAUCAAUACGCCGGCCAACACAAAGCAAAAAUGAUUUUUAAACGAAACAAACGCAACACUUGGAUUUAUAGAUUGCACCGUCACGCCAAAAAGGCCAAGGAAUGCUUGAAUAAAGAGAAUUGUUUGGAAGAAGAAAAUUUUUCCUUCGGUUUGGAUUUACCUGACGAUGUCGUUGGUCAGCUAUACUACUUCACCAUAGGGACAGGCAUCGUUUUCUUCUUUAUUGUAUUUACAAGGAUAAUUUAUUCGGUGGCUACGAGAGGUGAAUAACAGGCAAUAGUUUGUACGGCGUUGGAACGGAAAAUAAAUCAAUAAUAAAACUUUA